AUGGCGUCGUCUUCCUCGUCAUCGUAUCAUCCUCGGCCGUACACCGGGAAAUGGGAAUACGACGUCUUCUUGUGUUUCAGAGGCGACACGCGGCUCAAUUUCAUGAGCCACCUGAGGGAAGCUCUCCGCCAGAAGCAAAUCAGAUUCUUCGUCGACACAAUGCUUACUGUGACGGAGGACAUCGCCGAGCUCCUCUCCAUCCUCAAAAGAUCGGCGGUCUCGGUGGUGAUAUUCUCGAAGAAUUUCGCCGAUUCGACCUGGUGUCUGGACGAGGUGGAGACCAUUGCCCGAAGCGUGGAACAAUUCGGACACAAGGCCAUGCCGGUUUUCUACAGAGUGAAUUGGACCGCCGUGGCUGGUGAAUCCGGCGAAUAUGCGGACACCAUCGCGAAACUCGUCGACGAAAAGGCCACCGAAGAGCGGAAGAGGAAUUGGAAGGAUGCUUUGAAGGCUGUGGCUCAUAAGACUGGCCGUACCUCUGAGGCUAUCCCGGAUGAUGCUGAAUUAGUUAAGCAGGUGGUGGAAGAUGUUCUGAGAACUCUAGCAGCCAUGUCGUCUGGCAUCCAGUUGAGCAACUUGGUAGGUAUGGAUUCACGGGUUUUGGAGGUCGAGCGACAACUGGCUAUGAACAAAAUGGAUGGUGUUCGGAUUAUUGGGCUUCGAGGAAUGGGUGGUGUAGGAAAAACAACUCUGGCUAGAACUUGCUACGAAAAGUUGAGAUUCAUAACUAAAGACACCAAGUUUCAUUUUGUUGAGAGGAUUGGUGAAAAUUGUGAUAAGCAAAAAGGGGUUGAAGGAAUGGUACUGGAACUCUAUUCGGCAUUGUUGUCUGAGGAAAAGUUAAAGCCUGAAGAUUUGAAUAUUGGUUAUAGAAGGGCACGACUUUCCCGCUUGAGGGUCUUUGUUGUUCUCGACGACGUGGAAACUCCUUUCCUAUUAGAGAAAUUGCUUUUGGGAGAUGCCUUGAAUCUUUCCAAACUUUUUGCUGUGGGGAGUAGAGUCAUUGUGACUACUAGAAAUCAAAAGGUGCUUGAAUAUGCAAAGGCAGGGAUACACCUAGUUGAUGGUCUGAAUGAUGUUGAUUCUCUUCGGCUCUUUAAACUGCAUGGUUUCGAACCUAGCUCUCGCCUUGAUGACUGGGCUGAUCUGUCGAGCCAAGUUGUAUCAUACUGCAAGGGAAACCCCUUGGCCCUUAAAGUUUUAGGGGGUACUUUGUUACCCAAGGACAGGAAGUAUUGGGAGAGCUUCUUGGGCAAAUUGCGCGAGAUCCAAGAACCAGAAAUUCAUCAUGUUCUUAGGAAAAGCUAUGAUGGGUUAGGAGAUGAUGAUAGAAGAUUGUUUUUAGAUGUUGCUUGUUCCUUCCACGAAAUAUUGAGAUCUUACCUGACAAAAUAUUUGGAAACUAGUUAUAUCUCUGCACAUAGUAGAGUGCAGGAUUUAAUUGAUAAGUCCAUGUUUAUUUGUGAGUUGGACAAGAACAAUGGUGAGGUAAUUCUUGUGCAUGAUCUGUUAAGAGAAAUGGCUUGGAAUGUUGUCAAUGAGGAAGUAGAUGUUGGGAAACGCAGCAGGGUAAAGAAUCCUGAUGAUGUCAUCAACUUGCUGACAGUCCGAAAGGGAGAGAAAGCAACCCGAGCUAUAAGCUUGAACCUUUCCAGAGUCGAAGAGGUGACUUUGAAAGCAAAUGCCUUUGUAGGGAUGGACUCUCUGAGAUGGCUCAAAUUCUACUGGCCAAAGCAGGGAGGGUUUCAGAAGAUACGUCUACCAGAUGGAGGCCUUAACUAUCUUCCUGACGAGAUAAGGGGUUUGAAUUGGGAUCAAUUCCCUUCAAAGUCUCUGCCAUCAGGAUUUUCUCCCAAAAAACUCUUCAACCUCAUUCUAAGCAAUAGCCCGAUUGAGAGAUGCUGGGAAUUACAAGAUCAGCCUAAGCUUCAGUAUCUGGUUGUGCUUAACCUCUCCUACUGCGAACGUUUAGCUGCUAUCCCAAACCUGUGGAGCUCUUCAAAACUAGAGCUCCUUAUAUGCCGCGGAUGCAAAAGCCUAAUUGAGCUACCUGCAAGCAUCCAAUCUCUUGUCAAAUUGGUAAAGUUGGAUGCCAGGGAUUGCGAAAAUCUCCAGCGUAUUCCAGCCAGGCUCAACUCAAAGUUCCUGAGGCAGCUUCUGUUGUCCAAUUGUCCCAAUGUCACUCGAUGUCCCGAUAUUAAUUCAGGAGAGUUGGAGGUCUUGGAUUUAGAUGGGACACCCAUAAGCGUGCUGCCGGAUGCAAUCUCCAAUGUCAAUAAGGGUGGGGUGGUUAGUCUCUAUGGCCAAAACAUCACUGAUUUCCCUCAAAUUUCAAUGAGCUUAAAGCUGCUUCGUCUGCACCAUACUGCAGUAAGAGAGAUGGAAUUUGAACACUAUCAAUUUGAUCGACUGCAUUUGGUCCACAACACCCUACUCAAGACUCUGCCUACGAGUAUUUGGAAGAAUGUCUCUGUUGCACUUCAUGUUGAGGGUUGCCCAUUGAUUGAAAGUUUGCCAGAAACCUCAGAGCCUUCACUCUUAACUCAGCUUCGUAUUUCUGGUUGUGCAAGGCUCACCGAUGUUUCGUCUUGCAUCUCAAAUAUGAAAUAUUUGAACAUGCUCAUUCUUGGUGCCACAGGUAUCAGGUCACUACCUUCCUGUAUCGAAGAAUUGGACCAGCUCUCUUAUCUAGAUCUAUCUUACUGUGAAAGCCUUGAGUUUAUCCCGAACACCAUCCACAACCUUGCCAAGCUUGCCGAAUUGUUGUUGAUGGGCUGUAAGAGUAUUCGGUCUUUGCCAGAACUCCCACCAAAUAUUAAGAUUUUGAAGGCAAAUAACUGUGAUUCAUUACAAGUCCUAUCGAGGAAUAUUGGGAACCUAAGUUUUGAGCACCUGAGGCUUGACGAUUGUCCACAACUUGACAGGAGUUCGGUUGAUGAAAUCCUGUCGAGUUUCCCAGAUCAGGCUUUGUCUCGGCAUCCUCAGGUGGGGUUUCACUAUUCAGGAAGUGAGGUUCCACAAUGGUUUCACCAACGGAGCAUAAAGGAAGAGAAUUAUGUGAGCUUGGAGCUACCUGUGGACUCUGCAGAACUGAAGGGAAUUGCAUUUGGUGUCGUGUAUUCAUUGGACCAACCCCGAGGUUCCAUGCAUAUAGUUGGAGCAUGUUUCAUCGAAACUGAAGGUGUCUGGCGCUGGAUAUCUUUCCCCUGGGAGUACCACAUGCUUGGUGGCAACUCAGAUCGUGUAUUUCUGUGGUCUGAUAAGACAUUUUGCAGUUUCAAGGAUGAUGAUGAAGAAGCUUGGUUCAAUAAGUACGCUGGGCUCACUGUUUCAUUUCAAUUUGUGGCAGUUGUGGAAUUUGGAGGUGUCACUACUCCUUACCAUGUCAAAAAAUGUGGCGUCUCUCUACUUUACUGA